AUGUUGCUUGAAUUUGAUGGAAAGCACCAAACUUUGAUGGCUGGAAAAGUUGCUGAAAUGAAUAUUGGAGAAGAGGAUGAAAGUCAACAUCUUGCAUGGGCUUUUCAAACAGAGUGGCAUGCUGUUGCUUCAUGGACAUGGGAUGCACAAGAUGAAACAUGUGGGAUUUGCAGGAUGGCGUUUGAUGGUUGUUGCCCUGAUUGUAAGCUCCCUGGGGAUGAUUGCCCACUAAUUUGGGGUGCAUGCAACCAUGCUUUCCAUCUUCAUUGCAUCUUAAAAUGGGUAAAUUCACAGACUUCUCAGGCACAUUGCCCCAUGUGUCGCAGGGAGUGGCAAUUCAAAGGAUGAGAUAAAAGUUGAAUCACUCUUCAAGUGCAGGGGUUGCCAAUGCGGGCUUCAAAUUGUUUGAUUGUAUACUGGUUGAUAUAAAGUGUACACCUCUGUAUAUCUACUGUGUGUUGGUUGAUGUAAACUAAAGUAGCUCCAUCUCAAGGUUUCCCAUAAACCACUUUUUGUUUAUUUGGUCUGAUAAGCGAUACCGGGUGAUCAUAAAAUUAAUUUUUUAACCGGUAAUCGUUUUUAGACUCUGUUUAUGUAAAUUUGUGCUCCAAUUGAGAUA